AUGAUUAAGUUUAUAAAAAGCUUAGACUAAUUUGGAGUGUCCUUCUAACCAAACAUAUACUAUUCAACAUCAGAAUAUAAAACAGUUUAAGGAGGAGUAAUGUCAGUUUUACUUUACGGAUUGAGUUUCUCAUACCUGAUCUAUAUGAUGGUUCAGUGGCAAUAAGGACAAAUAUUACCAAAAGUUACUACCUUAUCAAAUUAUGUACCAGAUUACAAAUUAGAGCUUAAUGAGAGAUUUAUGUAAAUUGAAAUGAGAAAAUAUUCCUAUACAUCUAUCGAUCCAUUUAAUCCGGAGAGUGUGAUUCUUUAGCCUGUUAUAUACUAUUUCAUUAAUGGAUAGUCUCCUGAUAAAGGAUAUCCUUAAUCCUAUGAGAAAAAAAUAAAUAUGUUUAAUUUCCAUAUCAUCGAACUUCAAAACCUUACUAUUUAGACAAGUAGUGAACUCACUACUGAAAACCCUUAAAUUGAGAUGAUGGUUGUUUUUGGUUAGUGUUUAGAUGUAUACUUAUAGGAAGGAUAGAAAUGUGCUGAUAAUAAAACAAUUCAAAAUUUCUUUGAUUAAUAAACUAAUACUUUAAUAGUUAAAUAGAGCAAGAAAGAAUUCAAUACUAAUAGUGAAACAUUAGACAAUAUUGAUAAAGAAUUAGUCAUUCCCUUAACAAAAGAAGGUACAUUCUAUGCUUAAGUAAAUACGAAGAUAUCGUACACAUAGGUAGAUUAAGGGUUUCUUUUUGAGAGUUUUGAUGAUUAUGAAUAUAUCACUGAUUAUUAAGUGACAGGUAAUUCUAUGAAUAAAGAUUAUUUUGGUAAAAAAUUAGGUUAUGAAACUUAUGCUGUUUUUUAUUAUAAAGUUGAUUAAAUUCAAACUCUUUCUUAAAUAACUUAUCCAAAAAUAAGUGAAAUAUUAGCAGAUGCUGGAUCAAUAGCUUCAACUCUUUUAUUAUUAUCUUAUAUAGUAAUUCUAAUGAAUCAAAGUUAUAUGUAAUUUGAAGCAGUUAAUCAUAUAAUAUCAAUGUAUUAUCCUGAAUUCAAGAAUGUUAAAAUAAUCAAAAAUAUCUUUGGUAAAAUAAUUCGAGUUGAAAGUCAUGGAAAACUUCUAAACUUAAAUUUAUUUUUUCCAUAUUAUGAAAAGUUAAAGAGAAUUGGAGAAAUGAAACUCACUAUAUCUAAUUAAAUUUAUGAAAUAUCUAGAAUUCAAUUCUUACUUUAAUCAUAGUAUUCAAAUAAAUUUAUUUCUAAAUUUCAUUAAGUUGGCAUUCCAUUUCCAAAUCUCACAAUGGAAUCAAUAGUUAUAAAAGAAGAUAAUUAAUCUAAAUUAGAAAAUAGUAUUAUUCUACAAGAUCAAAACUAUAAGUCUAAUUAAAUAGUAAAAUAUACUUCAAAUAAUAGUUGCCCAAUGUAGAGAGUUAAGAUUAUUAGUUAAAAAAAGAAGUAGUUUCAAGAAAAGCAAGUACAAUAGUAUUGAAUGCUGCAAAAUAAGAUGAUAAUUAGAAUGAAUAAUCUCGUUAGGUCAAAGAUGAUGGUUAAAAGACUUAGGAGUUAAAUUUAAAAGAUGAAGAUUUUGAAUUAUUAACAAUGCAAGAAGAAUAUGUUCUUUUAGAAGAUAAGGAAAUUAAUUCUAAAGAUGUUGAAUAAAUUCAACCACUAUAACAUGAUCCAACAAAUGCAGACUUAUUUAAGUAGCAUUAACCAGAAUGA